GAACUGCCCCCCAGCCCGCCCUUCUCCCCUACUUCUAUGGCUCCCUCCCAGGCAGUGGCCUUGCCCCUCCCCUCUUCUCCCUCCCAACCAGUCUGUGCAAGGGGGGGGAGCUGGUGCUGCGCCCCCCCUCCUCCCCAUCCAGGCCCCAUAAAUAGCAGCAGAGCCGGAGCUGGAGCCAGCGCCAGCGGCUGGAGCAGCAAAGGAGUCAGGGGCAGGGCUGGAGAGCUGAACAGAGAAGACCCCGACUAAGAGCCCAGUGAUAUGUCGGACCCUGAAAUGGGAUGGGUGCCUGAGCCCCCAGCCAUGACACUGGGGGCCUCUCGGGUAGAGCUGCGGGUGUCCUGCCAUGGCCUUUUGGACCGAGACACACUCACAAAGCCCCAUCCCUGUGUGCUACUCAAGCUCUACUCUGAUGAACAGUGGGUAGAGGUGGAGCGCACAGAGGUGCUUCGUUCCUGUUCUAACCCCGUCUUCUCCCGGGUGCUGGCCAUCGAGUACUUUUUCGAAGAGAAGCAGCCCCUGCAAUUCCAUGUGUUCGACGCUGAGGAUGGAGCCACCAGCCCCAACAAUGACACCUUCCUUGGCUCUACAGAGUGCACCCUGGGCCAGAUUGUGUCACAAACCAAGGUCACCAAGCCACUGCUGCUGAAGAAUGGAAAGACAGCAGGCAAGUCUACUAUCACGAUCGUGGCUGAGGAGGUAUCAGGUACCAAUGACUAUGUGCAACUUACCUUCAGAGCUCACAAGCUGGACAACAAGGAUCUCUUCAGCAAAUCUGACCCUUUCAUGGAGAUCUAUAAGACCAAUGGAGACCAGAGUGACCAGUUGGUCUGGAGGACUGAGGUGGUGAAAAACAACCUGAACCCCAGCUGGGAGCCAUUCCGCCUGUCCUUACACUCUCUGUGCAGCUGUGAUAUCCACCGACCUCUAAAGUUUCUGGUGUACGACUAUGACUCCAGUGGGAAGCACGACUUCAUUGGCGAGUUUACCAGCACGUUCCAGGAGAUGCAAGAAGGGACUGCAAACCCUGGACAGGAGAUGCAGUGGGAUUGUAUCAACCCCAAGUAUCGGGACAAGAAGAAGAAUUACAAGAGCUCAGGGACAGUAGUGCUGGCCCAGUGCACAGUGGAAAAAGUGCACACCUUCCUGGAUUACAUCAUGGGUGGCUGCCAGAUCAGCUUCACGGUGGCCAUUGACUUCACCGCCUCCAAUGGGGACCCGAGGAGCAGCCAAUCCCUACAUUGCCUCAGCCCCCGCCAGCCCAACCACUACCUACAGGCCCUGCGCACAGUAGGUGGCAUCUGCCAGGACUAUGACAGUGAUAAGCGGUUCCCAGCUUUUGGCUUUGGAGCGCGAAUCCCCCCCAACUUUGAGGUGUCCCACGACUUUGCUAUCAACUUCGAUCCAGAAAAUCCUGAAUGUGAAGAGAUCUCAGGGGUCAUAGCCUCCUACCGCCGUUGCUUGCCCCAGAUCCAGCUCUAUGGCCCCACCAACGUGGCCCCCAUCAUCAACCGUGUGGCUGAGCCAGCUCAGCGGGAGCAGAGCACGGGUCAAGCCACGAAAUACUCGGUACUGCUGGUGCUCACAGAUGGUGUGGUGAGCGACAUGGCUGAGACCCGAGCUGCCAUUGUGCGGGCCUCCCGCCUCCCCAUGUCCAUCAUUAUCGUGGGUGUGGGCAACGCUGACUUCUCUGACAUGCGGCUACUGGAUGGUGAUGAUGGUCCCCUGCGCUGCCCACGAGGGGUACCAGCAGCCCGAGACAUCGUCCAGUUUGUGCCCUUCCGAGACUUCAAGGAUGCCGCCCCCUCUGCUCUAGCUAAGUGUGUCCUGGCAGAGGUGCCACGGCAGGUAGUAGAGUACUAUGCCAGCCAAGGUAUCAGUCCCGGAGCUCCCAGGCCCUGUACACCAGCUGUGACGCCCAGUCCUAGCCCAUGACAGCCUCUCAACAGACCAGCACUCCCUCAGCCUCUCAGUGCCUGUCCUUACCCUUGUGACUCCAGUGACCAGUGCCUCUGCCACUUGGACCAGCAGUGCCCUGUGGAUCCUAGAAGUGAGUGGUGAGCCCCACUCCCAUCCCUCCGAACCCCAUAAUCCCUAAACUCUGUGGACCCCCAUUGACUUCCUUCAGUUAUUGUGACUUACUGGCUGUUAAUAAAGAGAACUACCCCCCCACAGCACUCUGCUUCU